GACAGAAGGCUAAAACAAUAUCGACGGCAAUGGCACACUCGAUGCCGAUAAUUUCCCUUGUCGAGGUCAUCAUUCUCGUCUCCAUUGUCUCUGCCUGCACCGUCCAUGCGCGGGGAGUUAACAGGGCUGGGGCAGGGGGCGUUGCUUUCCACGCAACCGGAAAGGGGCACGCAGCCGAUGGGACCACUGCCGGCGCCGGUGUUUCUCACGGCAUUAGCGAUGCGCUGACCGGUGCUUCUCAGGGCGGUAACAACGCGGAGGUCAGUGUUUCUCCUGGCAAUAAUGGGGCAAGUGUUGGUGUUACAUCAGGGUCGAACCCGAGCGCAAGCACGCCCAUGCCUCAUCGUGGAAUUACCAGUCCCGUGCCGGGAGUCCCAGUGGCAAGGGCAGUGGAGUUCCUGGGAGCUCACAACGAGGUCAGGGCCUCUUUAAAUGAACCCCCUCUCCAAUGGGACAAUGGCCUAGCCCAGUAUGCCCGCGGCUUCGCAGCCAAGCGUGCCUUGGACUGCAAGAUGCUCCACUCUUAUGGGCCCUACGGGGAGAACAUAUUCUGGGGCGAGAAGGAUGUCUGGACGCCGACUCAAGUGGUGGAAUCCUGGGUCAGCGAAGACAAAUACUACGAUAAGACCAACAACGUGUGUGCCCCGGGCCAGAUGUGCGGGCACUACACCCAGGUGGCCUGGCUUGACACCACCAAGGUAGGCUGUGCGAUAGUCACGUGCCUCAAUGGCGGCUCGUAUGCAAUCUGUAAUUAUGACCCGCCUGGCAAUUACGUGAAUGAGAGUCCUUUCAAACACUUCCAGGGAUAACCAAUGAUACCUGGGUUGUCAUACGCACCGCGCUAAGCUUGUUAUAUAUCCUCAGUAUUGGCAGUCGAAGUGCAUCGUCAGUCGGGAACUUGGCAAAGCUUUUUUUCAUGAGAUAAAAAGGAAGAAACUUC